AUGCCAGCUAAAGAGAUGGCUCUUCCUUGUAUGGAAUGCAACAAUGCAGAGGCCGCUGUGACUACUCGUUCUAGGUCACUUUGUGGCCCAUGUUACCAGCGGUUCCUAAAUUACAAGGUUGUGCGACGCAUGGAAAAGUACAGAGGGCCAAAAGAUCUAGCUAAAUCAUCAGUUCCAACGGCUCGACUAUUGCUUCCACUCUCCCUCGGAGCCUCCUCUUCUGUUCUGUUACACAUGUUAGACAAAGCAUUGGCACGCCAGCUCGCUAAAACCUCCAGAACAAGCUAUGUACUCGAGAUUAUGGUUGUUGAACCAUCGACUAUAUCAUCAGAUCAAGCUUCUUGCGAUACACAGUUUGAUAAAGUUCGGGAGGCUUUCCCCAAUCACAGCUUCAAACGGGUACCACUGGACAGUAUAUUCGAAUAUGUUCCUGAUAUGGCCGAGCUCAUGCGCAAUUAUGCUGGACCUCAAUUCAUUGACGAUGAUGCCAAGUCUAAUGAAGAACGUCUGGCUGCGUUCCGUGGCGCCGUUUCCUCUGCAACGUCAAAGGCCGACCUUGAUACCGUUUUGUUCACCCGUCUGGCCGUUGGCUAUGCGAAACAUACUGCAUGCGAGUCAAUUCUGUGGGGUGACUCAGAUACUAGCCUUGCAGCAAAGGUUCUCGCUGGUGCUGCUAAAGGCCGUGGAGCCUCUUUGACUUGGCAGGUUUCGGAUGGAAUGUCUCCUUGGGGCGUGACGUUUGAUUUCCCUUGCCGUGACUUAUCUAAACCGGAGCUAUUGAGCUAUGUGUCAGUCUGCCCUGAACUUUCCGAAGUCGUCAUUCCUGAUAGACCGCUCUCGGAUAACAUCCUCACCAAGAACCUGUCUAUUGAUGAGCUUAUGCUGCGGUACGUGACUACCCAGGGCGAAAAGUAUCCUGGCGUCAUGGCAAAUGUGUCGAGGACUGCACACAAGCUUCACUCUACUUCAGAGCAUGGCGAUGGUAACCUCUGUGCAUUAUGUGGUGGUUUGGUCGAGAACGUCAGGGGCAAUGAAGAUGGGAUAACGGUUACUGGUCAAUUCGCUACUGAGAACCCUCGAUUUUGCUACGGCUGCAUGAGAUCUCGUCCUGACACCGUUCUUAAUUAA